AUGAUUUUCCUAAUGGACCUCCAGAUGAUGCUGCUGGAUGUGAUUUACUUCAUCCUCCGCAAUUCUUUGCGGAUUGUCCUCCGCCCACGUACCAAGCCCAUAGACGGUGAACUGGUGCUGAUCACUGGAGCAGGGGGUGGCAUCGGUCGCCUCUUUGCUCAGGAAUUCACCAAGCAUGGGGCGGAGGUUGUCUUAUGGGAUAUCAACAGCAGUUCCAAUGAGCAGACAGCCAAGCUGGUGCACGAGAUGGGGGGUACGGCGCACACCUACACGGUGGACGUGACCAACCCCGAGGAUGUGUACCGCAACGCGGAUCUGGUGCGAAGGGACCUGGGCCGAGACGUUACCAUGCUGAUCAACAACGCCGGGGUGGUGGCUGGGCAUCGCAUGCUGGACUGUCCUGAUGAGCUGAUGGAGAAGACCAUGAAGGUCAACAGCCACGCCCACUUCUGGAUGGUGAAGGCCUUCCUCCCCCAGAUGAAGGCCCAAAAUCACGGCCACAUAGUGACGAUUGCCAGCGUCCUUGGUCUCUUCAGCACAGCUUGUGUGGAGGAUUAUUGCGCCAGUAAAUUUGCUGCAGUGGGCUUUCAUGAAUCUUUGGCCCAUGAGCUGCUGGCUGAGGAGAUUGAUGGAGUCAAGACUACACUGGUGUGCCCCUACAUUGUGGACACGGGCAUGUUUGAAGGAUGUAAAAUUCGGGAAGAGGUGGAACUGAUCCUACCGCCGUUGGAGCCUCAGUACUGUGUAGAGCAGGCCAUGAAUGCCAUCCUGAUAGACCAACCGCUGGUGUGCAUCCCACGGCUCACUUAUGUGCCUUUCCUAUGCAGAGCGUUGUUACCAUGGGAAUCCAACGUGGUCACCUAUCGUUUCAUGGGAUCUGACAAGUGCAUGGUUCCUUUUAUUGACACGAUAAACAAACAGGUCCCUAAUGCUACCCCCAUAACCGCCUAAUCGUAACUGAGUGGCGCUAAUUCUCACCCAUCUGCGCACUUGGGAGGAAAAUCCCUCUGAUUAAAGACGACUCAAAAGGUAUCUGUUGAGUCAGGUAAUGGGAAAAGACUACAGACGACCGGAGCUGGCCCUCUGUUUAUGUGGGACAGCACUGGGAUGGACUGCCAAGCUUACGGCCAGGAUUCAAUUAAGUGCACCUCGACAAGUGUCAAAGGUGUGUUAAUGGAAGAGACACACAGGGCAGGUGGGAGAGGACUUUGCAUUAGGAUAUUGGCAUCUUAGUACACAGUGUGCCAGGUGACUGCUCAGCCAAGCAGCCAUCCACACUCAACCGAUUUCUCUACUGGAUGGGCUAUAUCUGAAUCAAGUCCCUUCCAACUGUACAACUGAGGAGAUACUGUGUGUAACAGAGGUGAGAACAGCUCUAACACUAGUUGAAUCCUGGCCAGGAUAACUUAAAACAUCUGUACCUAAACUGAAAAUGUGCCGUAAACUUCGUUACAUCUUGUAUUGCGUUUGCAUGAAGUAAAAAUGUCAUGUUACAAUGCAUGUUUAUCUG